UCCCCUCCCAAAUGGAUGCGAGAGCAAUCUCGCCGACGGCGUGACGUCAUCGCGGCGCGGCGACGUGACCACGCCCACCCCGGAAGUAAAGACAUGUUUGUUUAUCGAGGUCGGACUGCGAUCAAGUGCAUUUCUGCGGCUCUGGCUUUCAGGAUCACGUUGGCGAACCUCGGCAUGGGGAGCAAGUCGGUUUUACCCACUAAAGACCAAGCUCUCAAGGGCAGGGAGGAGAAAAUAGUGGUGGCAGUGAAACAUGCAGCCACAGGAAAGCCCACAGUGGAGCCGUUUCCUGAUGGGACCGAGAUGAUCAUGUUUGGCAUGGGGUGUUUUUGGGGUGCAGAACGACGCUUCUGGACUACCCCUGGUGUGUUCUCGACUCAGGUCGGAUACGCAGGUGGAUUCACCCCAAACCCCACCUACAAGGAGGUGUGUUCAGGUCUGACCGGCCACACAGAGGUGGUGCGAGUGGUCUACGUUCCUAAAGACGCGAGCCUGGAGAAGCUCCUCAAGGUCUUUUGGGAGAGCCAUAACCCCACUCAAGGUAUGGCUCAGGGGAAUGAUAAAGGUACACAGUAUCGAUCUGCCAUCUACACAUACAGUCCAGAACAGCAGGAGAAAGCCAUGAGGAGUAAAGAGGCCUACCAGCAGGCUCUGAAGCAGAAAGGUCUGGGUGAGAUCACUACAGAAAUCAGACCAAACACGGUCUUCUACUACGCUGAGGAUUACCAUCAGCAGUACCUGCACAAGGAGCCUGAUGGGUACUGCGGCUUAAAGGGCACCGGGGUCACCUGCCCCUUCAGCUCCAACAAGCAGGAGCUGUGACUCCACUGAGGAGCAUUUCUGCUUUCAAACUCAGGAGAUUGCAGCAAAUGUGAGUGAGAGUGAGAGGUGGAGUGUGUGUGUGUGUGUGUGUGUGUGUGUGUGUGUGUGUGUGUGUGUGUGUGUGUGUGUGUGUGUGUGUGAUCUCUGCACAAAGUGGUUAUUAAAAUUAAACCCAUGGAAUGUGUAAUAAACUACAACAAUACAUUUCAAAA